AUGGGAAAAGCUAAGAAGACCCGCAAGUUCGCCGCUGUGAAGCGUAUGAUAAGUCCUCGCGAUACCCGCAUCAACUCGGUGCGCAAGGCAGUUGCGAAGGCAGAAGAGAAGAAACGCAAGGAAGCGGAGCCCAAGCAAAUUGACCAGAUCCCGUCCAACAUGUUCUUUAAGUACAACUCAGCGCUGGGCCCCCCGUACAACGUAAUCGUGGAUACGAAUUUCAUCAAUUUCUCCAUCAAGAACAAGCUCGAGGUCGUUUCAGCCAUGAUGGACUGCCUUCUAGCCAAGUGCACCCCGUGCAUCACGGACUGCGUGAUGGGUGAACUGGAGAAGCUUGGGCACAAAUACCGUGUGGCAUUGCGACUAGCGAAGGAUCCGCGCUUCGAGCGCCUGCCCUGCACGCACAAGGGCACGUACGCCGAUGAUUGCCUGGUUCAGCGCGUGCAGCAGCACCGCUGCUACGUCGUCGCGACGUGUGAUCGUGAACUUAAACGCCGCAUCCGUAAGGUGCCCGGUGUGCCUAUCAUGUAUAUUUCCAACCGCAAAUUUGUGAUUGAGCGGCUCCCGGAGGCCAACGCAGCCAAGAUCAAGUAG